AUUGGAAAUAAGGUUUAAUUUAUUUCUCCCAACUUCUAUUAUUAAUGGUGGUGAUAAAACUUAUACUUACAAGAGAAACUGAUAGGUGUCUAACAAAAAUGGGAAAAAUUGUAUUAAGAUAACAGUAGCUAAAACUAAUUACAAUUAGUUUAUAGAUCUGCUUUUGUUUUUAAUACAUGUUUAUAUAAUAGUAAUAUUGCCUCAAAAGUAUUAGGAUAUGAUUCAUUCAAAACAGGAAAAGAACCUAAAACUAAAACGAACAAUUUCAUUAUUUGUGCAGUUGCUGACACAUGGAUUCUAGAGGAUGAUAUCAUCUAUACCAAUUAUAGAGUGUGAAAGAUUUCAAAAAACUAAUUAUUUUAGAAAUUGAUCUGUAAAAAUAUUGGAAUUACCUUAAUGAUUACAUAAAGUAACUUUGUUUGUCAACUAAUUGAAGUAAAAAGUGUAUGGACAUAUAAUCGGGUAAUAUGAGUACAAAAGAAUUAACAAAC